AUGUCCAACAAGCUCAUUCUCGCUGUUGUGGGUGCCACUGGCACUCAGGGCGGCUCAGUCAUCGACACUGUCUUGUCCAGGCCAGAGUUGAGCACCAAGUACUCUCUUCGCGGCAUCACACGCAAUCCAGCAAGCGACAAGGCCAAAGCUCUGUCCACAAAAGGGGUCGAGGUCGUCAAGGCCGAUCUGGACGAUGUGGAGAGUCUCAAAGCCGCUUUCUCUGGCGCGUGGGGAGUCUUCGGUGUCACCGACUUCUGGUCCCUGGGUUCGAAGGCACGCGAGAUCCAGCAAGGCAAGAAUAUUUUCAACGCUUCUCAAGCUGCAAAUGCCGAACAUCUGGUCUGGAGCUCCCUGCCAAACGUCACCAAGCUUAGCGAAGGCCGACGGCACCUUGUCGCCCAGUUUGACGGCAAGGCGGAAGUGGAGGAUUUCAUCGAGUCGAACAAAGGCAGCAUGAUCGCGAGCUACUUCAUGCCAGCCAUGUUCACCGACAACAUGAAGCAGACCGUCAACGACCACGGUCAAGCUCCACAUAGAGAUGCAAUGCAUGAUUGUCGUGUAUCCGGUGUUGUAUUUUUUUGCCCUUCAGCACGUGUGACCUGGUACGGACAUCAUUUUCUGAAAUCUGAUGAAUUGUGCGUGCCAAUCGGAUGGUCGUCGUGA